AUGAAAAUGAUACGGUUAUGGACCACUUGUGCACGUCUAGCACAUAAUGAAGCAGCCAUUAGUCGAGUAGCUUCGAGAGCAAGCAGUUUUUCUAGUUCCGCUGCAGAAAAGGAAUGGGACCGAAGAAUACAACUGAGAAAGCCUAAACUUCAGUCUGAAGAAACACUUCCAUCCAAGGUGUAUUAUGCUCCAGAAUGGGAUUUAGAUAAGAAAGCUAACAAAGACGAUGAACAACCCGAUCCACUAAAAGGGUAUGGAAUGACACCUGAAAAAUGGGAAUACUACAAUAAAGUUGUUUGGCCACGGAAUUAUGUUGUUCCCGAAACACAGCUUCCAAAAAAAAGAGAAAUUUACCACUGCAGAGAGUCCGUUCAUUUCUCACCCAAACGAAUGUGGCAAGCAUGUCAACUUGCAUGGAAAAUGAACGUUGAUGAGGCUAUUGUUCAGCUUGAGUUUCAGCAAAUGAAGGGACCUUCUAUGCUGCGUGAAGUUCUCAUUGAAGCCAAGGAACGAGCAUCCAACGAAUUCCACAUCGAAUUUCCAGGGGAGAUGAGCACGUAG